AUGGCCAGACACAGGAAUGGAGACUCCUCAAGUACUAUUCAACUACCCGCUCAAAUCCUAGAACAAAUCAAUGACAAACAAUCCAGGGGAGAGUAUGACGCGAAUGAUACUAGAUACGGUACUCCAACCACAAAUGGGUCUAAAAAGAGAAAGUCAAGCAAGGUGCUAUCUCGAAAGGAAAAGCGGAAACAAGAACGAGCGUUGAAGAAGCAAAAGCUGAACCCACAUGUCAAGAAAGUGGCCUCUUCGACGAAAGCGGACAAUUUUAAAGUAGGGAAGACCAGAGGCUCUAUAGAGAGUGCAUCUCAACAUCCAACCAGUAAGCUGGAGGAUGUAAUGGAGAAGUUGAGGAAAUUGAAGGAACAAAAGAGUGCUACCCCUGUGGCCAAGCUGCGAGUUUUGGGCGAGGAUGAUUUGGAUGAUGAUUCCGUGUCUGGUCUUUCUAACCUGCAGGAGGACGAGCAAUUUAGUGAAGACGAAGGGGACCAAGAUACUGAUCCACUAGAAGCAUUGCGGCUCUUGAAGGAAAAGAAUCGCAAUAAUGGUGCAAAACAAAAAAGCGAGAUACGAAUCGUGAAAGAGGAUGACCUUGACGAUGAUGAUGAUGAUGAUGAAAAUCUACUGAUUAGCGAUUCUAGCCAAGUCGAGGAAGAUCCCAUGGAAGCGUUACGGAGAUUGAAGGAGAAAAAAUCUAAUGGGACACCUAAGAGCAAUGGUGAAGUCAGAAUAGUCAAGGAAGACGACUUGGAAGAUGACUCAAUUAGUGAAAGUGAACAACUGUACUCGUCCGAAGAUGACUCUGAGUUUGGUGGAUUCGAUGAUGCAUCUGAUGACGAGCUCGAUUAUAAAAAGGACAAAAAGCCGAUUCUCAAAAAGAGUAAAGAUCAGUAUGCUAAACCCAAUGAUUUAGUCUCUGGCAGAGACGAUGAUGAGAUUGAGUAUUACGCGAAAAAACUCGGAUUGAAGGACGGAAAGAAAUCCAAAUUGAGCAAAACUGACGAGAAUGAUAUAAUAGGGGGCCUUUUGGAUGGACUAGACUUGGACUUUGCAGAUGAACUAAGUGCUGCACACAAAGAGUCAUUUUCUGACUCUGAAACUGAAAGUGCUCAGCUGAGUAAUUACAAAGAAAGUACCAAGUACGUGGCACCUCCAACCUCAGCGAUAUCUCAACGAGAUGAAGACGACUUAGACUAUUAUGCAAAGAAGUUGGGUAUCAAGAAAACUGACAAUUUGCCAGACGCUGAUGACGAUGAUUUGGGCCACUUAUUGGACGGUUUAGACUUUAUCGAUCAAGAGGAAGCUAACGAGAGUAGUGACAUACUGGAGGGUGAGCUUGAAGAUGGCCAACUGGAUUACUUCUCCUCUGAAGAAGAAGAAGAAGAAGAAGAACGAAUACGCGAAAAUCCAUAUGUGGCACCGGGUGCUGAUACACAAGACCAAAGCGGCACAUCUUUGUCAUCAGAGCAAAGGUACAUACCCCCUGCAUUGCGUAAAAAAAUGGCAAUGGAAGCGGAGAACGGCGAUUCUGAGGAAGUUUUGAGUUUGCGUAAGGCUAUCAAAGGUCCCAUGAAUAAACUUUCAGAAGCAAAUAUAUCAUCCAUUGUCAAUGAAGUUCAAAACCUAUUCAUGUCUCAUCCUAGACAGGUUGUAAAUGAGCAGUUGACGAACAUUAUUAUUGAUGGUGUUAUUCAACAAGGAAGAUUAUUGGACACAUUUGUCUACCUCCAUGCUUGUCUCGUUGCUGCAAUCUAUAGACUACAAGGAGUUGAGUUUGGUGCUCAUUUCAUUCAGACAUUGGUUGAGAAAUUUGAACAAUUCAACCAGAAAAACAAUAAGAAAACGGAAGCAUCCAAUUUGAUAUCGUUGUUGUCGUCAGUAUAUUUGUUUCAUUUGUUGUCAUCAAAAGUGCUCUAUGACCUAGUGAGAGAGCUCAUUACUAAUUUGAAUGAAAACAAUGCAGAUUUGUUGUUGCGUUUGAUUAGAAGUUCCGGAAACCAAAUGCGUACCGAUGACCCCUCAUCUUUGAAAGACAUCAUUAUCUUGUUGAAUGAGAAGUAUGCCAAGUUGUCGACUGAUUGCAAAACCUCAAGGAUUCAAUUUUUGAUUGAUACAAUUUCUGCAUUGAAAAACAACAAAAUGAAGGUACUAAAUGAGGGGAACCAUCAGUUGUCCAUUAGGCUCAAAAAAUUUUUGGGUAGCAUAAACAACAACAAAGGUGGUGACCCAAUACAAGUUUCAUUGGAUGACAUACACAAUGUCAACACCAGAGGAAAAUGGUGGUUAGUGGGGUCAGCAUGGAAAGGCAACGACGAGUUGUCUAAGCCUAGUGCUGAUUCCAACGAGCUCGAGGUCAACGACAUUCUCGACGCGGCCGAGCCUAAUUGGUUAGAACUAGCAAAAGCGCAAAGAAUGAAUACUGACAUUCGUAGAGCGGUAUUCAUUUCAAUUAUGUCGGCUACUGAUUUUGUCGAUGCUAGGACAAAAUUGGAUAAAUUGGCAUUAAAGAGGGCUCAGGAAAGAGAAAUACCGAAAGUGUUGAUACAUUGCACCACUAUUGAGCCUUCAUGGAAUCCAUACUACGCAGUAUUGGCAAACAACCUUUGCGACACGCAUUCGUUCAGGAAAACAUUUCAAUUUAUGUUGUGGGAUUUGAUAAAAGAGUUGGAUGGUGGUGAUUACGACGAUGAAGAAGUCAAUGUUUUGGGUAUUAAUGACGACGAUGAAGAAACCAAAUUGAAAAAGAUUUUGAACCUUGGGAGAUUCUAUGGAUAUCUUUUGGCUGAGGAUUCCUUACCGUUGCACUCGUUGAAAACGAUCAAUUUCUUGACGUCAUCUGCAGACACUACUCUAUUUAUUGAAGUGUUGCUUGUCACCUUUUUAGAUCAUAUUGGAAAAAAGGCAAGAAAGAAUCAACUUGGUGCAGGGGUGGUGGUUGAUAAAUAUAGCAGGAAUGACAACUUAUUUGAUGACAGGGUGUUGGUCGAGCGGGUAAUUAAAGCCAAAGACCAAAUCACUUUGUUACGUGGAUUACAAUACUUUUUGCAAGAAAAGAUCAAAGAUAGUGAUUUCGUCACUAAGGAGAAGCAAAGAAUCAGAGUCGACUGGGGAGUCGAUGCCAUGUUUGACGUUAUUGACGAAUUGUUGAAAGAAGCAGAAGAAUAUUGA